AUGCGCUCGUCGCAGUCUCUAGUCGCGAUAUGCUCUUUGCUGAGCUUAUCGGGUGGAACUGCAGCAUCUUCAGACUCUGAAGCGGUGAUUGAAAAUGCCAACCACAUUUUCAACGUUAUUCACGACUCCAUGCGCCAAUGGGGCUCGUCGCUUCAUCAUAAUGGCGUUUCGUUCUUCCUUGCCAAUGUUCCAGCGGGGACACAGCUAUAUCACGGUACUUCGAAGUCGACUCCGGUAAACGGUACCGAAUGGCUUGCUUUUGAGCCUGAGCAUGCAAUGGUAUUCGCGCGGCCUCAUAUGGGCCCGCGGCCUCGGCGCCCGGAGAAUGGUGAGCGUCCCGAGGACGGUGAUGAUAACGAGAAAGAGCGUGGACACCAUGAAGAGCUUCGUCGCCGCCAGCAUCAUCCUCCAGGUGAUAAACCUCCUGGACCACCACCGCAUUCACCACCUGGAGAACCACCGCAUCAUCCUCCCGGGCCCCCACCGCCAUUUGAGACCUUUUCGGAGAACGAGGCUGGGUAUCUUCACACCUAUGCCGCCGCAAAGGAUCUUCGUCUGUUGUACAUUGAUGGCAUGUCUGCAGCCAAAACGAACAAGGGCACACUCGACUCGCAGGAUAUUCUUUUGUUCAACAAUACACUGGAUGACUCGCCAAAGGAAGGCCAACGGGGCCGCAUGGGCGAAUUCGAGCGUGCAACCAAGGCAUGCGAGAUGGCGGAGAAUGAGUGGGCUGGUGGUAUCGAUGGUGUGAUCCGUAUGGAGGCUGGCUUUGAGGUUAUCUUGUGUGCAUUCGAGCGUGACUUGACCCCCGUGCGGAUUAUUCAGGUCAAGUCAGACGAGAGGGCGGAUGGCCCUCGCAAGGGUCAGAUGCAUGAUGGACAUGCUAGCCCAAGAGAAGACGAGGAUGACGGGAAGAGAAGGGGUCGUCCUCCCAAGGGACCAAGAAGAGGACCACCCGGUAUGGGCUCGGCUCGGUGGAUGCGUGCAGUGACUGCGCGGUAUGGAGGCAUCGGAGGAGACAGAGUAUCUCUCAACUAUGAGCAUUUCGUGACUGCAUACGCGUACGACCUGGACCUCUUCGCGGAAAACUCGUCUCUACCGCGCCUGGGACAAGUCCCCGAUGCAGAACUGGACGUUGUUCGCAAGGAACUGACUGCACUGAUCCUGGCCCACGACGCCUCCGAGACCUCACGCAACUGGCAAGCUAUCACAGACAUGAUUGUGAAGCGGUACAGCGACGAACUGUCCUACCUGGCAUCAGGCGAUUUCGCGGAUAUCAAGAGUCUGCACGACCACAUCGAAACCCUCCUGUCCCCAUUCAUCGACUACAGCGAGCGUGACACCACAUCCGAGGCCAACAGAUGUGCCACGCAGUUCCUGCCCCUGGAAACCCAGGACUCGCAUGUGCUCGCAGCGCGAGCUGUGCACGGCGUCGCACACCGUGUCUGCUCGACUUUGCUGGCCGCCUGGACCGAGGAAGACCUCGAGUCUGCAGUGCAGAACGUUCAAGCUUUAAUUGACUAUUUGGACUGGACGAGCUGGAAAGAGUGCCGUGGCUGCGAGAACCAUGAGAUCUGCGUGGUCCCGAUCUGGCCCAUGGGCUCGGUGGCGGACUAUGAGAAGCCAACGUGCAGAGAAGCCUCGCGCCCGUACGACGAGGAUGGGGACAGCUAUUGGGGUGGAAUCCACCCUUGUUUUUUGCAAUUUGGGAGUAUUUAG